AUGGCCCCUUCGCGUCUCGCCCGUCUCCCUACGUGGAUCAGCCAUUGGCUAGGCUACCGUGCAGAACCCGUGAAGCCACUGAACACAUACCUCGUCGCCGUAUGGUCUUUUAUGACUGCAUUCUGUGGUCUAUCUGUCGUCCAGGCAAUCUUCAACUACUCGGAUUAUUUCAAUGAACGUAACGUCCCCGGUAUCAUCGCUUCAUAUGGUGCAUCAGCAGUCCUAGUCUUCGGCGCAAUCGAAAGCCCUCUAGCCCAGCCACGCGCCUUAGUCUUCGGCCACUUCUUCAGCGCCUUAACAGGCCUCUGCGUCACAAAGCUGUUCAGCCUAAUGCCCGAUCAAGAGCGUUUCGAAUCCCUCCGCUGGCUGGCAGCUUCACUGUCGACUGCUCUUGCUAUCGUUGUCAUGCAGUUGACCGGCACCACCCAUCCGCCUGCUGGUGCGACUGCUCUGCUACCGGCUACUAAUGAUGAGAUCUGGCAUCUCUCUUGGUAUUAUUUACCGAUUGUUCUGUUGUCUUCGGCACUGUUGCUGGUUUGCGCCCUGAUUAUGAAUAAUGUUCAGCGGAGGUAUCCUGUCUUUUGGAUUGCUCCUGCUCCGCCAGCUGCGCCGGUGCAGCCCGUCAAAACUGCUGCGCCUGCUGAGGUUGAGUCUUUGGAUGAAGGGAAAUCGGGGAAGAGUGCUGUUUGA